UGGGCUGGGAGGGGGGGCAGCCCCAGCGCGCACAGGCGAUCCGCACAAGGAACGCCCUAGAAGAAAGAAAGAAAGAAAGAAGGGGACGCGGAAGGGAGAGAGAGAGAGAGAGAGAGAGACGGAGCCCAUCGGGCCGCGUUGGAGGAGGAGGAGGAGGAGGAGGAAAAGAGGGGGAACGCGAAAGGAGGAAGGGGAGGACUCGCGCUUCUCCGAGCGCCCCGCUUGGCUGGAAGGAAAGGCGCCGGCGGGGGGAGCGCUUUCCCGGCACAGGGCCCCCCCAGGAGCCACCCAGGCAGGUCCUUCUCCGCCGUUCCCGGGCACUGGCCCUUUCCCGUUCCCGAUCCUGACGGAGGCAUCCUUUGUGAGGCCAUCAUGAAGGCGGCGGUGGACCUGAAGCCCACCCUGACCAUCAUCAAGACGGAGAAAGUCGAUGUGGAUCUGUUCCCUUCCCCGGAUAUGGAAUGCGCCGAUGUGCCUUUGUUAACUCCAAGCAGUAAAGAAAUGAUGUCGCAGGCCCUGAAAGCCACCUUCAGCGGUUUCACGAAAGAGCAGCAACGGCUGGGAAUUCCCAAAGAUCCUCAGCAAUGGACAGAGACCCAUGUACGGGACUGGGUCAUGUGGGCAGUAAAUGAAUUCAGUCUGAAGGGUGUGGACUUCCAGAAGUUCUGUAUGAAUGGCGCUUCCCUCUGUGCUCUGGGCAAGGAUUGCUUCCUCGAACUGGCACCAGACUUUGUAGGAGAUAUUCUUUGGGAACAUCUGGAGAUCCUGCAGAAAGAAGAGAUAAAGCCAUACCCAGCAAAUGGAGUUAAUACUGCCUACCCAGAGUCCCGCUAUACAUCUGAUUACUUCAUCAGUUAUGGCAUUGAGCAUGCUCAGUGUGUCCCUCCCUCCGAAUUUUCUGAGCCCAGUUUCAUCACAGAGUCCUACCAGACUCUCCAUCCAAUCAGCUCUGAGGAGCUCCUGUCCCUCAAGUACGAGAAUGACUACCCAUCUGUCAUCCUCCGUGACCCUGUACAGAUGGACUCCUUGCAGACAGACUACUUCACCAUCAAACAGGAAGUCGUAACGCCAGAUAACAUGUGCAUGGGGCGUGCUAGCCGAGGUAAACUUGGAGGCCAAGAUUCCUUUGAGAGCAUAGAGAGCUACGACAGCUGCGACCGGCUGACCCAGUCCUGGAGCAGCCAGUCAUCUUUCCAGAGUCUCCAGCGUGUCCCUUCUUAUGACAGCUUUGACUCGGAGGACUACCCAGUGGCUCUGCCCAACCACAAGCCCAAAGGCACCUUCAAGGACUAUGUUCGAGACCGGGCGGACAUGAACAAGGACAAACCAGUCAUUCCUGCUGCUGCCCUGGCUGGCUACACAGGUAGUGGACCUAUUCAACUGUGGCAAUUCCUGCUGGAACUUCUCACGGACAAGUCCUGUCAGUCCUUCAUCAGCUGGACAGGUGAUGGCUGGGAAUUCAAGCUUUCGGAUCCUGAUGAGGUUGCAAGAAGAUGGGGCAAGAGGAAAAACAAGCCAAAAAUGAACUAUGAGAAGCUGAGCCGUGGGUUACGCUACUACUACGACAAGAAUAUAAUCCACAAGACAGCAGGGAAGCGCUAUGUCUACCGUUUUGUAUGUGAUCUGCAAAGCUUGCUGGGAUACACACCUGAAGAGCUCCAUGCCAUGUUGGAUGUCAAGCCGGAUGCUGACGAGUAAACGGAACAAGCGGGCUAGGCAGAAGACCUUCCGGAAGAUUCAGUGCGUCCAUUAAAAAAUUCCUUUGGACUUUGUUAUCUCCCCCCCACUUUUUUUUUUGUUUGCCCAUCAUGGUUUUCCUUUGAAAAAGAAACUCAAAUUUGCAUUGGUUGUGAAGAGGUGGGAUAGUAAGAGUUUGGACAAAACUGUGACAUGGUUUAGCAGCGGCAAGAAAGAGAGAACUUUUGCCUUUGUUCUUGAAGAGUUUUAUUUAGGGCUGAUGAUUUUAAAGUCUGGAAGAAAGAUAGCUUAAAGGUUUUACACCACCCAUGAUUUAACACAUCUAUUAAUUGUUUCCCCCAUUUAGUGUCAUAAACUGACAAUCUAAGAACUAUCAAAGCUCCCAAAGGUAGGAUUUGGAAUGCAGGAGAGAGAGUUGAUUUAAGGGGGCAGAAUGUCCUGUUUUGCAGGGAAAAUACAUUGGAAUCGUCAAGAACUGUGGUCCCACUCAAAUGUUGCCUUUCAGAUGACAAUUUUUUUUUUUCUUGUUAGGAGGGACCAAAACUUUUAUUUGUAAAAAAAAUAAUAAUGUUAUUUUAUUAAAUUUUGUGCCAGUAUUUUUUUAAAAAAUAGUCUUAAGCUCUAAGAUGGUCUCAGUAUUGCAAUAUUGUGCAUUUGUUUCUGUUAUGCCAGCGAUGGAUUUUAUCAGCGUUGAGGAAAGAUACAAUGUAGACCCCACCAGAAACAGAGAGAUUUAACAAUUCGGUGGAAACAUCAGAUAAAACUGGGGAAACACAUGAAUGAAUGGCUGAUUAGCUUUAAGAUUGGGCCUCCUGCACUUUACUCUGUUUUUCUGUCACCAGAGCCGAUGUAACUAUUUGGGCUAAAUUUGAACAUCAUUUUGGUCAAGGGUGCCAUUUUUUCAUUGGCAUUUGCUCUGGAGUUUCCCACAUUUCUCAUUUGUUUUCAAAAUCUCUUUAAAGAAACAUUUAUAUUCAGGUGUUUAAUCCAUCACCAGUAUUUCACCCUUAUGAAUGAGUGAACCUGGUCAUUCAGCCAUUAUUGGUCAUUGGUUCUCCAGCUCACAAGAAAUAAUUGUUAUUUGUGCUAUUGCAGUAGAUUCUUGCAAAGCCUGCUACAUGACAUUUUGUGAGACCGGUGUGUUUGUAUCAUGCCUCUAGCCCUACCCCAAAGUUAUGUGUAUUCACCUGAACAGAUUUUAUGUGCAUUUAAAGGGUGAGUUCAGAUAUCAGAUGGACCCAUGGUUUAUUUCAUCUAACUGUAGUUAGUCUGGGUGGGUUCGGAUAUCGCACAGAACCUCAGUCUACUUUAAGUAACCUUUGUCACUUCAGUCAUCCAAAUCUGUACCAUAGCACUAACCAUGGUUCUGUUUGGGGUGUCAAACCUAGAUCUAAACCCUAGGUUUGGAGUUGGUUUGUCAACCUAAGUUAAGUUUAAUUGUAGUUCAUGUGAUGUCCGAACCCACACUAUUAUGUCUGAACCCAUGCCAGUCAACAAACCAUGGUUUAUUUCAGGCAAUCCAAACCCAAGGUUUGAAGUUGGUUUGUUUGCCCUAACCAUAAUCUUACUUGAUCUCUGAACAUGCAGAAAUGGUUUAAUCUUGGUUUGUUUAAGGAACUCCAUACUUUCAGAGCUCUUGAAUAGAGAGAGGCAAGCCUAGAGUGAAAAAGGGUGGGACCCUAAUAAAGCAAACCAAGAUUUGGCAAUCAUCUGUGGAGUCAACCCAAGUUUGGUUAAUAAACUUUAGUUAAAAUAAACCAUAGUUCCAUGUGAUGUUUGAACCCACCCAAAUGACAUGCCCUAUCUGUAUCCUGCAAAAAUAUCAGGGUCCCCUGUGCAGUCAAUGCUGUAUGAAGUUUUUGUGCAUGUAGACUCUGUUAAUGAAGUUAAUUGAGCACAGGUAGAUUGGGGCCUGCAGGUAGUCUGGCAGCUUCUCUCCCUAUGUCCAUUCACUUCUAGAUGCCACAUCAUCUGGAAAGGGCUAUAAAACCCCUGUUUUAAUCAUGUGAAACAGUUAUUUGCUCAAGGUUACUGGAGAACUCCAAGCUGAGUCAUAACUCACUCAACACCCCAAAUCCUAAAGUGCCUGAGUUUGAACGCACACACACAAACCUAAAGAAACAAACCCAUCCUAAAAGUUAUCAUUGACAUCCUAGUAUAAUUAUUGCCACUGAAGUUAUUGGGGGGGGGGAGAGAGUAAGGGAUGGGGAAAUGUGAAAAAAAGAAAACGUAUUCAAUUUCUUUCUUCCUCACUGUUUUUCUUUUAAGCUUCUUGAUUUUGCAGUGCAGAUCAAUGCUUUCUCAUCCUGCCCCAAAUCACUCACUGACUUAUGAGGUCUCCCUGAUUUAUGGCUGUAUAGUAGUUAUAUGUCUCAUUUCCCUUCUAAAGCAACUGAAAAGUUUCCAUUUGUUAGCCAAAGCAACAACAAAUAUUAGUGUCGGACUUGGGACAAAGGAAACAAGGUGAUGAAUUUCCUAAAGUUUAAACCCUCUUCCAUCAAUCCGGAGUGCCAGUUCACAGAUUUGACACUGGACAGGAAACCCCAACCCCUGAUUAAUGUACCCAUAAGAGAUGCAUUCACACUUAGCAUUUUUUAGGAGUGGCUCAGACUUGGGCCCCAGAUGUCAUUGGACUACAGCUCCCAACUUCCAAAGAUCAAUGUGAUUGGGAAUGAUGGGAGUGAUAAUUCCAGUAAACUAGCUUGCAAACCCCUGCCUUAAAACGUCAUGUGUGAAGGAGCCCUCAGAACAGAACUGAGAGUCAGUGCUGCAGCCAUAAAGCAGCAAUAUGCAAAUAACUGAAUACAUGGUGUAUAUGUGUCUCUGAGUGUGUGCUUUGUCAUAGUGUUGAGUCAUUUCAGUAGUGUCGGGUUAGAACGGGGGAACUCCUGGGUCAGUUAAGUUUCAGCACAGCUUGAUUCAGGCCUGAGAGUACGGCUCAGGUUUGCAGAGCGGGGCUCUAAGGAAAAGGUGUAAAAAUGCCUUUAUCAUAGAUCUAGAUCUCACAAAUAGAUUAUCUGUAAAUCUGCACCUCUUCAGUGCCAGCCUGGGCUUACAUGUCAGAAUACUAGGGACGUGCACAAAUCGAUUCGGUGCCUCCAGUAGGGAUGUGCCGAAUUGCUCCGGUGCAGCCCACCGAAUCAUUUCAGCAGGGUGGGGAGCAGUACCUUUAAGCACAAGUAAAGUAGGUCCUUUCCCUGCUCCUCCUCCACCCACCGCAUUUCCCCAUUGCACCCAGCAGCCUGUGCACGGCAGCCAUGUUCACUCCAUGCUGCCAUGAGCAUCCCUACGGAAUACUCUUCCAUCUAAUAUAGCCCUAUAUAGCAAACACAAGGGGGCUAUUCCCACGAUCGGGAAACCACCGAUUUUCCCGAUCGUGGGAACCACCGGGCUCGGCUGCGAGCCCAGUGGUUCCUAGGCGGGUAACCCACCUAAGUGCCCCUGCCCUUAGCCUGGGUUUGUGGAGGAAGCGCUCCACAAAACCAGGCUCCCGGAUUGUGAGUAGCCACGCCACGGCUCUGCGCUGUGGCUACUCAUGAGUAGACCCCCAACCGGGAGGUGAAAAGCCAUCUCCUAGCUCCGGGGGUCUCCCCAGUAUGCCCUGUGCGCUUGCGCAGGCCAUAUUGGGGCUUCCGGGGGCUGCACGGGCCCUGAGCUCCCCAGCGCCCACCGUCUCCGUCUCAGAGCUGGCAAUCGUGGGGGGGGGGGGCGAUGCAGCCGCCCAGGGCUCCCUCCCCCGCUUGUGAGUGGGGAGAGCGGGCUUAGCCCACUCUUCCUGCUCAGCACCCCAAACCAGGUCUCAUGGAUCAUGAGACCCAGUCUUAGAUGUUAGUGGGAAGGGUUCCAACCAUGCCCUUGUACUGGAAUUCUGGUUUUCUAAAUGCAUGGACUUUCAGUACUGUUUGGGGGAAAAAUUCGUUGUGCAACUCCCCCCAUCAGCAGUCUAGAGGGGCACAGUUUCACCACCUCACCUGCUGCUUGUGAGCAGUAGGUCAUGGCACUGGAUGCUACUUGGUGUCCUAUGAGAGAGUCUUAAGUGGCAUGCAACUCAAAACAGCCCAGGCAGAAGCUAUGAAUAUACUAUGAAGCCAGAAGAUGGCUUUGGCAUUUGUUUUUUAUCACAGCUUUGCUGAAUUGCAGUGAGCCAUAAAGGUUUACGAAUGUAUUCUGUGUUCACAGCCAAGAGUUGCUGGUGUCAGGGACAGGGCUAAUGAGGAAGGUAUUCCAUAUUGUGUUUGAGCUCUUCUCUUGAUGUGGCAGGUACUCACAUGGCUUGUUAGGUUAUAUACAGUGAUGUUUUUAAUCAAUCAUGGCUUCAGAAAGAUCCUGGGGAAAGUGCUCGGUUGAGGAUGCUGAGAAUUCUGUUGGAGAUCCCUAGCUCCACUUGUAAAACUAUAGUUCCCAGACUGCCCUGGGGGGAUGACUAUUACACCAGUUUAUGUUCUGUGGUGUAGAUGUACCCUUAGAGUACAUCUACACCACGUGAAUACAGCCAUUCAACAGCUAAUACAUUGGACCAUCUGCCUGUGAAGAAUUAAUAGCUGUCAUUUAAGCAUAGCUGGUUGGAGACCUUGGCUUUGCUUGGUGGAAGAAAAACUCAAAUCUUUUUCAGAAAGACAUGGAAGGGAAAUUUUGAGCCAAGAACACUGAUGGUGGAUGUUCUUAGAAUGGAAGGGAAAUAUAUCAGAAGCUAGGAUUCAGCUAGAUUUAAUUCCAGCAGAGAAAGAAGAGUGUGGGUGGAAGGAGAAAACAAAGAAAAGUUAGUGGAGGUGGAAAUAGACUGUGUCCGUGAAGCCAAAACCUCUUGUCUAGCAUCUAUCAAAUUGUGUGCUUUAGUCCUAAAUCUGUAGUCACAAAAUCAGCUAAUGGGGAGAGAACAAGUAGACUAAAAGUGCCAGAGGAAAAAAAUGAUGUUAAAAGUGAAGUUUAUAUGUCUCAGAGCUACUGUAGCUGGUUAUAUUCUGGCAACUGAGCAACAAGUAAGAGCUGAUGCAAAUGGACAUAGGACACAGGGAGCUGCUAUAUACUGAGUCAGACCAUUGGUCCAUUGGUCCAUUCUCCAUUGAUCCAUUCUCCAUUGGCCCAUUGGAUCAUUGGACCAUUGGUCCAUCUAGCAGCAGCUAUCCAAGGUUUCAGGCAGAAGUAUCUCCCAGCCCUACCUGGAGAUGCCUGGGAGAGAACUUGGGACCUUCUGCAUCCAAAGCAAAUGCUCUACCACUGAGCGACCAAUAUCUUACAGCAGAGCAACCCAUUCAAACGCUAGCCAUGUUUCACCCUGCUUAGCAAAGGGGACAUUUCAUGCUCACUACCGUGAGACCAGCUCUGCAGAGGUAGACAUGAGACUUGGAGGAGCUGUUGCCUGUUAGAUCAAGUGGUCAUGAAUUAGAGGCUAUGGCUCAAUGGAUGCAAUGGGUCAAUAGAUGCUAGCAUCAUAUGUUCACCUAGGACAAAUAAGGAUCACCAACAUGCAAGGAAGCUCUCUCUCUCCCCACCCCUCAGUUCGAAGAGUUGACUUAUUACCUUUCCCUUUUGGGCCUUCAAGGUGCCACAUUGAUAUGUGCAGACAGAUUUACGACUAGCUGUGGGCUUAGGUUUGAUUGGCAAAAUCAAAACAUUGGUUUUGCCAAUUGGCUUUUGUAUUUUGAGGUCUCAGGAACUAUGGAGCCUUCAAGCACCUGUUGGGGUAAUCUGGUCUUCAGUUUUGAGUAUGCUGUGGUCUCUAGAGGUUUUGUGUGGCAUGGCUCACGUGAUGUUGGUGAGCAGACCAUAGUACCUUGUGGCAGAGAAGUGGAGCCAUUCCGAGGCUCUCCCAACCUUCCAAAUCCGAUGCAGGUCGACAAGUCGAAGCUUUCACAGUGGAAAGAACUAUUUCUCAGGGAAGGUUAAGAGCAGUAGAGCUCCAUCAGUAGUGUGUGCCUGCAUCUGUGGCCUUAGUACCUUAUCAGUAUUUGUGCUUAGCUUGCCAUUUGCAUAUAAAUGCAAGGAUAAAAAGGCAGUAUGCUCUUAGCAAUGUGUUCUGCUUGGCCCAUGAUGUUUUCUUCCCUGGAGCUUUGCAAAGUGAACACUUUGGUGUGGAGAUCAAGCUUGUCCAAGGCAAUAAGGGAAAGUUAAUUGAGUGGAGGUAAUAGAGAUCUGCAAUCCAAAGCUUUUGUGAAAUAGGUUUGCUCAUUAUGCAUCUAUUUUUGCUGAUAGCCGGUCAUGUUCAUCCCUAUGGGUCUUAUGCAGGAGAACUUCUUUCAGUCUUCUUCCACUUUUCAGCCUCAAGAACUGUUUUGUGAAUGUUUAAGAUUGACAGUGUUUCCAAGUGUAUAUUGCAUUGCAUUAUAUGGUAUUGGGGCUUUUAAAAAAGGGUAUCAGGCAUUUUACAGCCUCGUGGUGAUACAAUACUUUUUAAAAAAUGACAAUUCUUACAUUAGAUUUAAGCAGCAUCGUACCAUAUAUUGAUAUCUUAAGCAGUUUAGUAAACUCUGUUGAUAUCUGCUUACUUCUGAUCACAAUCACAAUCUCUUGGUUGAACAUCUUGCUCUAGUAGAUCCCUAUGGAGAAGUCUGAAGAAUCCAUUGUCAAGGUUCACUCUAACUGUUGCUUGAAAUGCAAAUUAUCUGCGUAUUUGUAUCUUUUGAUUCAUCCUGUUUUACAGUGUUUGGGGGAAAGUAGCCUAUAGGCCCAGGGUUCCCAACCUUGGGUUCCCAGGUGUCACUGGAUAUUCCCAAGGCCUUUGUGGGUGGGGAUGAUGGGAGUUGUAGUCCAACACCAGCUGGAGAGACCCAAAGUUGAGAACCCCUGCUGUUUGUCAAUCAACACAUUAAAUGACAAACAAUUUGAUUGUUGCAAUUGGGUUUAGAAUUGAGUAUGCCAUUCUCAGAGGGAUGUUACCUUCAUGAGUGUAUGCCUGUAUAACACACAUUUCUCAGCAUAUGUUUGCCUUAGUCGCACAUUCUGUUAAGUCUGCAUCUAAAAAGAUCAUGUGUGAAACAUCCCUUUUUGAAACUAUUCUAACAGGGUAAUUUUCCCCUACAUACACACACAAAACACCCACCCACACACCACUUCACAGCAGAACUGCUCCUUAAUUUCCCUCACUCUGUUUCUGAUGGGUUCUAAAUCAAUUGUCUACAUUCCAAAGAUGUUUGAAUAGAUACCUGAUGUAUACAUAUAUCUUACAACAGAAAUAUCUCCAGGAAUUAACUGCCUCAGUGAAACAAGUUUGCUUGUUUGUUUGUUUGAUUUGAAAAAGAAAAGCUGUUGUGUUUUUCUUUUGUGUGUGUGUGUGUGUGUGAAUGUGUGUAUGUCUGUUUUUAUAUCUGGGUUGUUGUUGUUUUUAAGCUGAUAAUUUUAGAAGAAGAAGAAAAGAUUGUUAUAUUAUGCUGUUCAACUAUUUCCAACUUGUAUUUUUCAUAUAAUUUAUAUUUUAUAGAAGUGAAAGGGAAAAAAAACCUUAAAAAGCAAGAAUUUUUUUAAAGGAGAAAAAGCAGGUGCUUUUUAGGAAAAAAAGAAAACCAAACUCAACUGAGGUAGCUUAGAGAUGUAGCGAUAUCUGUGUGUGUUUAAGAAACAAAACAAAAAAAAUGCAACUUCUCCCACACUGAAGACUUAAUAGGGUGGAGUUGGUUUUGUUGAAUUGCUGAUGCUGGCACAUCAUUCUUCUGGAGAGGUUUUUAUAUACUGUAGCCUUAUUUCAUAUUGUAUUUUAAACCAUUUGAAAUUAAAAAACAAACAAACUCAAAGACA